CUGCCAAGAAAUAAAAAUAGCGAGUAAUUCGGUUUGACGCAAUUUAGAAGUGUUAUUGCUUAGGUAUGAAUAUUAUUCUACUUAAUAGUAAUUUUACACAAAAUCAACAUUAAAUGUAUGACCCUUAAAUGUAAUAUUUCUGACAUUGUCAUUUUUUGUGAUGAGUUAGUAUGUGUUAGAGUGUCUCUAACGGUACCUGUGGCGGAUUAGUAACUAUACAUUUUUUAUAUGUCUAAGGAUAGGUGACAUUACCAUGUACGGUAUUGAAUUUGAGUAGAAGAAAUAAAAAAAAUUGAAAUAACUUGCAUUUAAUGUAAACUGUGUAAUAGGUACUGUGCCGUACGUGAACUUCAUAAAAAAUAUGGAACAGAAAGAGACUUAUGUUCCUAAUACCGAUAUUUUUACCUCAAAGAAUUUCAGGACCAUUUUAGUCGAUGACAAAAACAUAAAGUUGCAAACAACAGAUCCGGAGUAUAUUAUUGAAAAGACUUAUGAUCCUUAUAAAAACAGGGACUUAGAUCAUCCAAACAGUUUUCUAGGAGCCUUUUUGCAUCUAGUAAAAGGUUCUCUAGGAACAGGCAUAUUGGCUGUACCCAGAGCAUUUAAAUCCGCUGGCCUCUUAGUAGGAACUAUAGGUGCCAUUUUAAUAGGAAUAUUAUGCACGCAUGCCAUACAUUUACUAGUGAAAGCCUCCCACAAAGUUUGUAUAAAAAAUAAGCUGCCUAGUUUAGGUUAUUCGGAUACUGCCAAGGAGGUCUUCCUACACGGACCUAAAUCUAUACAAAAAUAUGCUCCCUUUGCCAAAGGAUUUGUGGAAAUUGCACUUAUGUCAACGUACUACUUAAGUAAUGCUGUUUAUAUUGUUUUCAUAUCAGUAUCACUUACGAAACUAUUUUCGUAUUAUUAUCCUGAAAUUGCAUGGUGGGAUCAUUACAUCUUCAAGUUGAUAAUAUUGCUGCCUCUGCUGGGUCUAUGUCAAAUUAGGGAGAUCAAACAUAUGGUUCCGUUUUCCUUUAUUGCUAACAUCAUGCUGGCUGUAGCAUUCGGUAUAACGGCAUACUAUACAGUUUCUGGUUUACCAAGUGGAGGACAAUCGGAUGCUAAACUAGCUACAAGUCUUUCUGGUAUUCCAUCUUUCCUAAGCACUGUUCUGUUUGCUAUGGAGGGAAUAGGUACUAUAAUGCCUGUAGAAAAUUCUAUGACCGAACCUAAAUUUCUCGGAUGGAACGGGGUACUGAACUGCGCCAUGGUUUUGAUAGUCGCUCUGUUUACGGUAAUAGGAUUCCUUGGAUAUUAUAGAUAUGGGGAAGAUACUGAAGUGACAAUUACGAAGAAUUUACCAGAUGAUGAAAUUCCAGCCCAAAUUGUGCAAGCCGCAAUAUCUGUUUCUGUCUUCUUUACAUUCAUGCUAAUCUUUUUUGUACCUGCUGAUAUUAUGUGGAGGAAAUUGAAGGGUAAAAUUUCCGAGGAGAAGCACAAUAUUAGUCAAAUAAUAUUAAGGGUGGUUAUGCUGGUGUUAAUCACAGGUGUGGCUAUUGCUGGUGGAGAACAUCUUGGUGGAUUGAUAGAUUUAAUAGGAGCAAUAUUUUUCUCGUCCUUGGGAUUUUUUGUACCAGCUCUACUAGACACAAUUGUCGAUUUGGAAGAGGGAUGGGGAAUUUUCCAUUGGAGACUGAUAAAAAAUAUUUUUAUAAUGCUGUUGGCGAUAUUUGCUCUAGUUUGUGGAAGUUACUAUGCCGUUGUAAAUUAAAUUUCUUACGAAAUUCC